AUGGUGAGGCGCGGAGGGCGGUCGGCACGGCCAGCUAAGCUACACGGCUCGGCCACUGCGGCAACACCCGAAUUCUCCCAGGGCGCUGGCCGCGGGCAGUCGCGGGCGCUGGCGCCCCGGGGGCACAAAUUGGAGGCUUCACAGAUUCCGCCGCCUCAGCCCACGACUCCAGCGGGCGCGCCUGCUAUCGUCGCCGUGCAGUCACCUGCACCGGACGGACGCCUCUCGCCGCCACCACGUGCCCACCUCCGGCCGCCGCCGCCGCGUUCCUCCACAGUGCUGGAACCGAUGGACGCUGAGGCUGCCGUCUCGCAGUCGCCGCCGUGGCCCACAGAGGUCGUUGCUCCGCCUCCUCAUCCGAGCACACCCAGUGGCGGUGCGCGGCCUGGGCGGGUUUCCAGGGACCGUUUUCCUCGCCCCUUCGCGAGCAAUUCGGGGUCACGGGUGGAAAGCAGUGCUGGGAGCAGGGACACAUACUUCGCCAGCUUGGCUGCGCCUAAUUUGUUAUUUCUGGACCCUCCAGCACUGACAAGCGACUUCGGAACCAGAUCCAUUUCUGCCCUCCUCGGUUUUCUGCCGCUGGUUGUUUUGCAGCAGAGUUGGAGGCUUCACGGGUUCCACCGUCUCAGCCCACAUCUCCACCGACAGCCACUGCACCGCUCACGCCUGCCGUCGUCGAAUUCGCUGCUACCGGUCCGGUCACCUGCAUUGGGUGGGCGCCUCCCGCCGCCACCACUGCACCAUCUCCAGCCGGCGUCGCCGCCGACAUGUUCCUCCACAGAGCCGGUACUGAUGGACGCUGAGGGUGCUGUCACGCCGCUGUUCCCAUCGCCCAUGGAGAUCGUUGCUCCGACUCCUCAUCCGAGCAUACGCAGUGGCGGUGCGCGGCCUGGGCAUGUUUUCCACGGGACAUUUUCCUCGCCCCCUCACGAGCAAUUCGGGGUCGCGUAUGGGCAGCACGACUUGUCAGUUCCGCUGUCUGCCCCCUCAGCUGCGCCCCCCUGGGUGCUCCACCUGUCGCCGGAACCCCUACUCAAUGACAGUGCAUCAUUUCAGGGGGGAGGGAUGUGGUAUCGAUAG